GUCACAUGUCAGCGUACACAGACGGCAGUUUGACACCUCCGCUUCUCCGCCAGAGAGAAACACUCGGCAGCUAAGCGGCUCUGGACGGCAGGAGACGGACGGCGAUGGCGAGCGGUGACAGCCAGGAAACUUUCGAGUCAUGGCUCAAUCAGGCCACGGACCCAAAUAAUCAGGAGGACAGAUGGGACUGUAUUCAGGGUUUCUACGAGCUUGUCAACCAGGAGACUAACGGGCCGCAGGUAGCCGUUCGUCUUCUUGCACAUAAAAUCCAGUCCCCACAGGAGAAAGUGGCUCUGCAGGCUCUCACGAUUCUCGAGGCAUGUAUGAACAACUGUGGCAAGCGGUUCCACAGCGAGGCUGCCAAGUUUCGCUUUCUCAAUGAACUCAUCAAAGUCUUAACACCAAAGUAUUUUGGCUCGUGGACUCCACAGAAAGUCAAAGACAGGGUGACGGAGGUCCUCUACGGCUGGACGCUCUGGCUUAAAGAUGAACCUAAGAUUCAGGAAGCUUACAGCAUGCUCAAGAAACAAGGUAUUGUGCAGAAAGAUCCCAAACUGCCGGACACAGUUGUAAUGGCUCCUCCACCACAGAGAACCACAGAGUCUGUUUUUGACCAGGAGGAGAAAGCUAAGCUGUUGGCCAGAUUAUUGAAAAGUGGCCGUCCUGAAGACCUGGAAACUGCCAACAGGCUCAUUAAAAGCACCAUCAAAGAGGAGCAAGAGAAGGCUGAGAAAGUGUCAAAGCGUGAGUCUACUCUGCAGGACGUGGAGAGCAGCACUAAGCAGCUCAGAGAGCUGCUGGAACAGCACGCUAUCACUGGAACUUCAUUACAGCCCAGCGACGACAUGAAGGCGCUGUAUGAGCGCUGCGACCGGCUGAGGCCCAGCCUCUUCCGACUGGCCAGCGACACGAUGGAUGACGACGCUGCUCUGGCGCAGAUCCUGGCAGCUAACGAUGACUUGACUCUCGUAGUGAACGCUUACAAAUUCCGGGUGGUGGGAGCAGAGUGUAACGGAGAAAGAGCACGAAGUAAAAGUGAAGAAGUGACGAGUAAUACGGCUCCUAUGAGUCACAGAGAGGUUAAGAGCUACCACCUCAUCGAUCUGUCAGCGUUGGACUCUCCGCAGACUCACAGUAAAGCCGAUUCCCUGCCUGUAUUCGAAUCUUCGUCACCUGUCUUCACCUCUUAUCUGGACAAAGCUUUCAGCUCAGAAGCCGACCAGAACUUAAACGAAUUAGAUCUGGUCUCAAAGCAAAGGACUCAGGAGACUUCUAAGUCCUAUUCUGAGGAACUGAUGCAGUUAAAUGGAGACAUUUUUAAUGCUGAGCAGAACGGAGGAGGGGGGUUUUUGCUGAGAGCCCGUGGAUGUGGUGGCAGCAGUGCUACAACUAACGGGACAGACAUUUGGUCUCACCCUCAAAGUCAGCAGUUCAAAUGGUCGGACAAACCAUCAAAUGAAGGCUCAGGUUCUCCAGUGAAACUAGAGGACUCAUGCCCCCCACACCUCCUGAAGAACAUCUUUGUUCCAAUGGAAAGCAUCAAAUCCAGUCAGCUGGAGCCGAUCACGUUAUACAACCGGGCCGGUUUCCACGUAUCUCUUCAUUUCGCUCAAGACCCUCCGCCAGGUCAUCCAGGUGUCGCCGUGGUCGUCAUGUCUGCAGUGAACACAUCUGCGCUCGAUGUGAGAGACUUCCUGUUUCAAGCUGCUGUUCCAAAGACGAUGUUAGUGAAACUUCAGCCUGCCUCAGGGACACACCUACCUCCAUACAACCCUGUCCUGCCUCCACCUGCUGUCUCCCAGGUCCUCCUGUUAGCUAAUCCUCAGAGGCGUAAAGUCCGCCUGCGCUACAAGCUCACACUGAUGCACGGAGACCAACAUCUGAGCGAAACGGGAGAGAUCGACAACUUUCCUGACUGGAUGUCUUUGACCGGCCACUGAAAACUUCACAAACUUGGAUUUGUACUCUGUGCUGGGUGUGAAAUUAACAUUUGAAGGAAGAGAGAGUGAAAGUGAAGCCAGGGAGGAAGAAAAACUCAACCAGAAGAUGGAGAUGCUUUCAGGUUUGGACACUUCAUGAAGUAACACCAAGCAAGUUUGUAUUUUUGAAAAGUGGGGGUUUUUUGGUUUUUUUUUUUUUUAACAAUUUGCUGUGAUUAAAAAAAGCAACUGUGAUUCAGGCAAAGAAAUUAUUUAAAAAAAGAGUUUAAAGUCUUACAUUGCACAUGAAAUCCGUUACUUCCAGUUCCUUUAUACCUGGUUGGUAUUCCAAAGAAACACCAAGCAUUGACACUGGAGUCACACUAUGGUAAACGGUGGCUGGAGACAGCAGUGCGACUAAAAGUAUUGUGACCUUGAGAUCUUGUUGCCUUUUGAAGAUAUAGUGUAACUACUCAUCAGUGAGUUGUUGUGAUCUGUAUUCCAAGCUUGAUGCAUCAAAACACGAUAAAACUGCAAUAAGAGGCGUCAGUCUGCAACUUGAUGGGGUACAUACAAUCUGUUUGUGAUCAUUUGUGAUAAUGCAGAGAUUCGCUAUGAGGAAUCACAAAUCUGUUGCUGUCAGAAAUUCACAGAAAGUGCUUAAAGUCAGAGUCUCACAAAUAGGAAACAGAAAGUUCCUCCACAAAUACUGACGUAUGGCUGCAGGGCUGCGAUUUAACUACAGAAUGACAUUUACUCUGCUACCUUGCUUUUAUUUAGGUACAUAACAAGAAUACAACCAGUUGGCAACCAGCUGACUUGAGCCCCCUUAUUGCAAAGAGAUAUGACGUGGACGUGUUGUGCUCGCUUUGGAGUGACUGCUUUGGACACAGUUUGUCUCCCACGCGGCGACCUGUGCACCCGUGUUUAUGCUCUGGGUUAGCACUUAGUUGCUGCAACCACUUUCAAUCAGUCACUGAAUUCUAAAAUACUCAGUGCAGUCAACAGGUCAGUGGGAUGCAUGCACGCGCACACACACACACACACACACACACACACAAAUAAUGAGCAGCAAAGGGAGCAGCUGUUGCUCUGUUUAUUGUAAAACCCAAACAGUCCAAGGCUUUAGUAGUUAUUGUUGCUUUAGCUGUGUCAUUAAGAAACUCAAGUACAACAAAAUCUGUGGCAAAAAUAAAAUAAUCUAUUAUCCAUUCAGAGGAUUUUACAGUUCUUUUACACUUUUGUGUGCAUCAAAAUAUUGUAUUUCAAAUCUAAGCAUGUGAUGUAAGGGUGUUCACGUGGGUUCAGCACAUCCCCGACUGGACCCGAUUCAUGUGUCAGAUGCUCUGCUGUCAUCUUAUUUUGCUGCCUCAUGCUGUUGUUAAGCCACUGAGGUGCAAUCCAGCGUAAGCUGACGUGUUGCUGGUUUCAAGUCUUCAUUUGAAAAACUCUUCUGCUUUUCUGACAUCAGAACUCUCGAAGCACCUUGAGAUGUUUUUAGUAUGUAUUUAUCUUCCAACUAAGAUUUCCUUUCCUUACACUUAAAGUGUGUGAGUAUAGUUAUUAAAUUGUGUUACUGCAUUUCGGAUCUGCUUGUUUGUGUAUCAAUUAAAAGAUUCAAGAAAAAACACAAAGAAAUGUAGCAAAGCUGAUAAAAAUUGUUUACAUCUGUAAACACUUUUCCCUCCACUCUGUGGCAGAAAGCAGGACAAAAUAACUGAUGAAUGUGUUAAAUACACUUUAAAAUAAAUCAGUUACUACUCUUUGCUGUAGCUUUUUGUAGCGUUUGACUCUUAGUAGCAUGCUUCAUGUUUUUUUUCUUUGGUCCUCUUGUUUCUCUGUGUGAAGUUGUUUCCAGUUUGCUUGUGUUUCAUUUUAUUUUAUUUAGUUUUCUUUAAUUACAGACUGUGUGUUGUUUCCUCAGCUUUAACCACUUUAUGAACCCCAAAGAAGACAUUCAGGCUCAGUUUUACCUGCUUCCUCCUGUGUGACUGUGAAACAGGAAAUGCAUGUCUGUCAUGUGUCAGUAUUGAGUUCUUCAAUAAAUAUGGAUUCUGUUACA